UAGGAGAUAUUCAGCAUCUAAUUCGAAACAAAAUAUCUACAACGAUAACCAGCUUGUACCUCGGUUAAAUAGUAGUAAAGGCUCUUUAUCGUAAAAUUUUGUAAAUUCAAAGAGCCUGAAUGUGUAGUUAAGUCUACUCUCGAGUAUUAUUAUCUGUGACGGUGAGAAUAAACUAUAGUAUAUGUAACGUCAAGCAGUUAGUGCUCAACCCGAUGGAGAGUGUUCCUGAAAUACGAAAGAAGCUACGAGAAAAAUUACAUGAUGCUCGAAAUGACCAGAAGUGGAAUAUCUUGGGUAAAAAACGAGCUACGCUUGCUGAGGAAGAAGUACAAGAAGAAGACAUAUCAUUGACUAAGUUAAAAGAAGUUUGUCUGCACUUCAAGAAGAGCCAGAGUGUUACACUAAUUCAACAGAUAAAGAGAACAGUGGUCAAAGGAGAUGAUUUUAUUCAAGUUUUCUUAAGGGUUGAUGGUUGCCUUCAAAUAUUGACCAAACACUUAUCGGGGAAUGAUACUCAACUACAGUUGGAAACGGCAGGUUGUGUCACUAAUCUUGUCACCGGAAGUCACAAGUCAACAUUUAUGGUGUUAAAGGCAACAGCAGCAUAUCUUAUUACAUUCUUGCAUGGGAGCAAUCCCUUGCUUCAGGAUCAAGCAGCCUGGGCUCUUGGGAAUAUGGCAGCUGAUUGCCAGCAAUGUAGAAAGUACUUGAAAAAUCAAGGCCUUGAAGCUGCACUUGUCAGCUUACUAACGUCUACACAUACAAGUGUGGUUGAGUCCUGUAUCUUUGCCUUGAGUUCGUAUACUAAAUGGAAGGAUGUUUCAAUAAGGAAUCUUGUGGACCUGGACCUAGUAAAACUCAUUUCAGAUAUUAUUACUUGGCCAGAUAUAAAACCUAGAAUAUUGACUGAUUUUUCUGAAAUAAUGCUUCGCCUUGGGAGUGAAGAAGGACCCUGGGAGCUUACAUCUCAUUGGCAGCUAAUUGGUCAGACAUUAGCAAAGAGGCUAAAUGAAGUCAGUGACAUAGAUGUGACUUUGGCUAUUCUACGAUGUCUUACUAACAUGGUAGUAGGUGAUGUUAGUGAUGAAGCUUUCUAUCUACCUGUUCAUUCCUGUAUUACCAAAAUGCUACAUUCUGAUGUUAAACUUCUAAGAUUAGAAUGUGUGCGACUUCUUGGAAACACUGUUGCGAAACCAAACUGCCCUGUAUUCAGAUUAGUGGAACUAAUUAACAGUGUAAUGGUACCAAUGUUGAACAGCCAUGAAGAAGCCAAAAUACAAGCUUUAUUUCUGUUGAACAUCAUCGCUAACCAUAGAAGAGAAAUAGCCCAAACUUUGGUCCCCCAACUGCUGUUUGAAUCAUUAAAUUCUAUACAGCAGUCACCAACAUCAUCGUCUGAAGUUUUAAUACUGGCUAGAAUGUUAACAGCAAACCUUUUGUGAUUUGUUUCUUAAAGUAUUAAUAAUUCAAUCAGUUUUGUUAGCUCUGUAACAAAAUCAGAUAUUUCUUGAAUGAAAUUAGUAAUCGUAUUAAAAAUCAGUUUUCA